AUGUCUUCUACUCGCUCUUCAUCCCCCUCAGAGGCCUCCUUCGCUUCCUUCUCCUCUUUCUCCUCAGGCCUUUACGUGCCUGUGCAUAAGCGUGGACGAAGCGCAAGCGGAAGCAGUUUCACUUCAACGGCUACAAGUUGGAGAUCGCGCUCCCCAGCGUGCUCUGAACGAUCAAUGUGCCAGGAGCCAGAACUCGUGGUUUCUCAACCAGAACCUGAAGUCGUCGUCGAGCCUUCUCGAUUCUACACCGUCGAUUUCUUAAUCUCUCUUGCUCCGUCCCCCCUCUCCCGCAUCUCCCCCGAGACUCGCGAAGUGCUCCGGGCCAAUGUUCCUCAAAUUGUGAUGAACAGGCGCCAGCGCAAGUACAACGAGUUCUUCAACGGCAUGGGAUUGAAGGAGGGUGCCGGCGCUGCGAAGAAGGAGGCAGUCAAGGCCAAGGCUACCGGAAAGGACACUUCUGCAAAGAAGCCCGCCACUUCCGCUGAGGGCAACACCAAGACGUCGAAAGGACGUCAAAACACUGGCAAGAAGGCGACUGGCAAUGCCAAGACUCAGUCAACCGGCCCCGCCAAGGCUCCUGUCAACGCGCCUGCCCCUCGAGUCUCCCCCCUGUCUUUCUCCGCCGCCGCCAAGGCUUCCACCGGUGGAGCUGCCAACAUCCUCGCUCCUGUCAAUGGAACCAGCUGGAGGGGCAGAGCCAUCCGUGGCCCGUCCCCCGCAGCCGGAUUCACUAUCCGGGUACCGAUCGCUGCUGCGUGA